AUGCUCAAGAUCUGCUCCAAGCUCUCCUCCUUGCGGCGCUCGGGCGGCAAGACGCUGCAGCUGCUCGCCCUCCCAAGUAGCAGGAACGCCCACCCGCGUCCCGUGAACGUCCCCACCAAGAACGAGCGACAACAGGCGCGUCGCGCGGCGCUGGCGCUGUCCGCCGUGGCGCUCACGUCCCUCGCCGUGAGCUACUCGACCACGGCCCCCGAGGAGUUCCUGUACCCGGCCAUCCAGCCGUUCAACACGGGGAUGCUUCGAGUCUCCCCCGUGCACGAACUGUACUACGAAGAGUGCGGCAACCCGUACGGCAAGCCUGCGAUCAUGGUGCACGGCGGCCCGGGUGCGGGCUGCUCCGCCAGCAUGAGACAGUACCACGACCCGCGGGUCUACCGCAUCAUUUUGGUGGACCAGCGCGGGUCGGGGCGUAGUAAACCCCAUGCGUCACUGGAGGACAACACGACGUGGCACUUGGUGGAGGACAUGGAGAAGCUUAGGCGUCAUUUGGGCAUUGACAAGUGGCAGGUGUUCGGAGGGUCCUGGGGCAGCACUUUGUCGAUUGCGUACGCUAUUACGCACCCUACGAGGGUGACGGAGCUGGUGCUGAGGGGCAUUUUCCACCUGCGCAAGCAGGAAAUUGACUUCUACUACCAACACGGAUCCAACUUCCUGUACCCGGACCGCUGGGAGGCGUACCGGGAUGCCAUUCCCGAGGAAGAGCGCGGGGACUUCGUGAAGGCGUACCACAAGCGCCUCACGAGCGACGACCCGACUGUCCGCAUCCCUGCGGCGCUCGCCUGGACGACGUGGGAGAAGACAACCAGCAACUUGAUCCCUUCCGCGGAUGCGGAGGGAAAGUCGAUGGACGAGGAGAAGUUCGCGGAGGCGUUCGCGCGCAUUGAGAACCACUACUUCUAUAACAAGGGCUUCUUCCCGACGGACGAGUUCUUGAACGAGAACGCCUACAAGAUCCGUCACAUUCCCACGGUUAUCGUACAGGGACGAUACGACGUGGUUUGCCCCAUGAAGACGGCCUGGGACUUCCACAAGGCGUUUCCCGAGGCUGACUUCCGCGUGGUGCAGACCGCGGGCCACUCGGCCAUGGAGCCUGGAAUCGCCAAGGAGCUGGUCGACGCCACCAACAAGUUCAAGAAGCUGUAA